AUGGAAACCUCGAAACGGCCUCUCGUCCUCCACGAAUUCGCCACGCCCAACGUCCUGCUAUGGGCAGCCCUCAUGAUCCCAAACCGCCUUCUGGCCACCACGUUGAUACUCCCACUGCUUGCACUGUCGUACUACAAUCUCCUGCAGACCACAUCUCCGAGCCCGUCGGCCAGCUUCAUUGUGGGCUCAUACGUGAUGUACCACGUAUUCGCCUCCAUCAAUCUCCUCCUGCUGCGGGACCCUCGCACAGAGUUCCGGAGACUGCCCAUUACCGCGGGGGAGACGAAGAAAAACGAAGAAGAAGAAGGAGAAGCAUACCCACGUGACCUGAAACGCAGGAUAUGGUGGACUUUCGACCUGAUAGUCACCAUGCGCGGCAUUGGCUGGUCCUGGCAAAUACGGCCCAUCCCGCCGCUCUCCUCCACAGAGGUAGAGUCCCGGAGCGUCUACCUCCGCCGCCGCUUCAAUCGGAUCCUCAUAAUCUACGCAUGGCUCGAUAUGGCCAUGUUCUUGGUGCAGCACGUCGACCGCGGAUACUUCCUCCCUCCCGGAAACGCAUAUGAAGACCCCUCCGUCAAGGAACCAGUAUAUCCGAGCCUCUUCUUACGGAGCACCCGCCCCCAGCAGCACCCCGUGCCCCUCGGCCUCCCCGAAAUCCCCCCCGGCGCACUCGGGCUGCUGUACCGUGUAUCUCUCUACACCACCCGCCACAUGCUCACCGGCACACUCCUCUACGUCUCCCUCAACGGUGGCUACACGCUCGUCUCCCUGGCCGCCGUUCUCCUCGGCGCCCUCCUCGGCACCGAAGACGGCUGGCGCAGGCGCUACCUGCACUGGCACUCAUGGCCCGACAUGUUUGGCAGCUGGUCAGCGGGUGACUGGGGGCGGGGCACCACGGGCUGGUGGAGCAGGGCGUGGCACGGCCUCUUCAAAAACGUGUUUACGGCGCCGGCACGGUGCGUUGUACGCCGGUGUGGCCUUGGUCGGGGCUCUCCCGCGGCGGCAGUGAUGCAGCUGGGGUGGCCGUUUGCGCUGUCGGCGGCGAUGCAUUAUGGCGGUGCGUAUACGCAGGCGGGGGGCGGGUGGGGGUCUGCGCGGUUCUUCUUGUGGCAGCCGGUCGGGGUGGGGAUUGAGAUGGCGGUGGUGCGGUGGUGUCCGAGGUGCGUGUAUGAGGGGGAGGGGGUGGUGCAGGGGUGGGUGAGGAGGUGGGGCCCGUAUGUGUGGGCGAAUAUGUGGUUUGUGGUGACGAGUGGGAGCUUCUUUGAGGAGGUGAAGUAUGGCGGGAUGUGGGCGAUGCAGCCGGUGCCGGUUAGUGUGUGGAAGUGGGUGGCGGGGGUCGGGGCGUGGUGUUGGGGGAGGGAGACGCCGGUGGGGUGGAGGGGAUGGUGGGAGUGGGAUGAGAGUAUGGGGGGGUGGGGGGUGAGGAUUUAG